ACACACAACAGAAAAGAGUCGUGAUGAUUUUGUUCGUAAAGGUGGAUGUGAUGGUGUGUGGAAAGUGACGGAGGUCAUGCCUCAUCUCAGGUGUUUGGAAGCGGCGCUUUUACUCUUCACAUUUGCGCAACUCACUGCAGCCUUAAAAUGUAUGUGCCAGCUGUGUGUGAACCAAACCUGUGAGACAGAGGCUGGCGGCGCGUGCUGGAACUCUGUGAUGCUGAUCAAUGGGAGGGAGAAGGCGGUGAAGUCCUGCCUGUCUGCAUCUCAGCUGAAGGGACAAGUGUUCUGCUACAGCUCCAAAAAUGUGUCCAAACGCAACUGCUGCUUCACAGACUUCUGCAACAAUGAGACACUGCACCUCAGUACAGGGCGGCUGUCUGAGGGCUCUGGUUGGACUCAGCUGGAGUUGGCAGCAGUAAUUCUAGUGCCGUUGUGCCUGUUGUGUGUAUGUGUGGUUCUGGGAGUGUGUGUGGUUCAGAACCUGCGCUGCACACACAUUAAAGCUCACAAACAAGAUCCAGAAGAAGUGCUGGAUGACCAGACUCUAGUGUCAGUGGAAAAAUGCCUGAAAGAACUCAUCUAUGACAUGAGCACCUCUGGUUCUGGAUCAGGAUUGCCUCUGUUGGUCCAGAGAACAAUUGCUCGGACUAUCGUGCUGCAGGAGAGCAUCGGGAAGGGCCGCUUCGGGGAGGUGUGGAGAGGCAAAUGGAGGGGGGAGGACGUCGCUGUGAAGAUCUUCUCCUCACGAGACGAACGCUCCUGGUUCCGUGAGGCAGAGAUAUAUCAGACCAUCAUGUUACGACACGAGAAUAUUCUUGGGUUCAUCGCCGCAGAUAACAAAGAUAAUGGCUUGUGGACACAGCUGUGGUUGGUGUCGGAGUAUCAUGAGCAUGGGUCGCUCUUUGAUUAUCUGAACAGAUACACAGUCACAGUGGAGGGCAUGAUCAUUCUGGCACUGUCUAUUGCCAGUGGCAUCGCACACCUACACAUGGAGAUCAUAGGCACUCAAGGGAAGCCCGCCAUCGCUCACAGAGAUAUCAAAUCAAAGAACAUCCUGGUGAAGAAGAACGGGAUGGCUGUGAUCGCUGAUCUCGGUCUGGCGGUCAAACAUGACUCCAGCACCAACAGCAUUGACAUUCCCAUCAACCACAGAGUUGGCACCAAGAGGUACAUGGCACCUGAGAUCUUGGAUGACUCUAUAAACAUGAGCAGCUUCGAGUCGUUUAAGCGGGCUGAUAUCUACUCGCUGGGUCUGGUGUUCUGGGAACUCGCCCGCAGAUGUUCUGUCCAAGGGAUUCAUGAAGAUUUCCAGUUGCCUUAUUAUGAUCAGGUGCCAUCAGACCCAUCGGUGGAGGACAUAAGGAAGGUGGUGUGUGAACAGAAACUGCGCCCCAACAUACCCAACCAGUGGCAGAGCUGUGAGGCUCUGAGAGUUAUAGGUAAGAUCAUGCGGGAGUGCUGGUAUGCCAAUCCAGCUGCUCGCCUGACUGCACUGCGUGUCAAGAAGACUGUAUCUCAGGUCACCGUUGUCAAAGACGUUAAAGAAUAACACAGCAGCCUGAUG